GCGCAGGUGGGUCGCCGUGUGGAUGCAUUGGAGGUUGUAUAGUUCAAAUCCGGCACAACGUGUUGCGGAGGCGAGCUUAGCGGGUUGGUGGCUGGCAGCCAUCCGGCCACGUGGACUUGAGUGAGCGAGCGUCGGGCACGGACAUCAUUGGCGAACACGUGGCACCACGUGGGCGUGACGAACGUGUGCUCCGCGCCGUCCGGUGGCGGAGCUGGAGGCGCAGGUGGGUCGCCGUGUGCGUGCAUUGGGGGUUGUAGAGUUCAAAUCCGGCACAACGUGUUGCGGAAGCCCGAGCUUGGCGGGUUGGUGGCUGGCAGCCAUCCAGCCACGUGGACUUGAGUGAGGGUCGGGCACUGACAUAAUUGGCGAACACGUGGCACCACGUGGGCGUGACGAACGUGUGCUGCGCGCCGUCCGGUGGCGGGCACUCGACAGGCGCCCACUGCAACUGUCGCGGCGGCGAGGAGAGCAGUCGGGCUGGAAGGAAGAAGACAGGGGACGGGGAACGUACGCACGACAAGAUGCUUGCGCGGAGAUCGUCGCGAGUUUUGGCGGAGGCUUCGCGCUGUCUCCGCAUCGCCGUAGCGCCUGCGCGCAGUCUCCUUGAAGUCGAUGGAAAUGGCGCAGGAACGAGCAGCCGUUCACUCUCUUCUGAACGGCAUCCCGUGGCGGUGAUUGGGAAUGCAGCUGUAUCGCGACUGUCGCUGACCAGGUAUCUGUUGGCCGGCGUAACGGGGCUGUCACCGAACUGUACUCGGCAGCAAGCAGCCUUCUCAAGCACUGCUCUAGAAGAGGUCGGCCAUCCCCCCACAGCCAUUGCGCUGAAGAAUCCUACCAACGAAAUUGUAUACGAUGAACAAGUCCAUGAGAGACUCCCACCAGGAGAUGCCAGCAAGCGUGCGUUUGCAUACUUUGUCCUCACGGGGGGACGGUUUGUGUAUGCUUCGGCUCUGCGUUUGGCUGUGCUGAAGUUGGUUCUGAGUAUGUCGGCAAGCAGAGAUGUGAUGGCUCUUGCCUCGCUGGAAGUCGACCUCGGCAAAAUCGAACCCGGUCAGACUGUGACUGUCAAGUGGCGCGGGAAGCCUGUGUUCAUUCGCAGACGGACACCACCGGAGGUUGCCCUGGCCGACAGUGUGAGCCUGAAUGAGCUGAGGCAUCCAGAGCCGGACUCAGCACGUGUGAAGAAUCCAGAGUGGCUUGUUGUGAUUGGGGUGUGCACACAUCUUGGUUGCAUUCCACUUCCGAAUGCUGGAGAUUACGGAGGAUGGUUCUGUCCCUGCCAUGGCUCACAUUAUGACAUCUCAGGCCGGAUCCGGAAAGGCCCGGCCCCACUGAACCUGGAAGUGCCAGAGUACAAGUUCUUGGAUGAAAACAAGCUUCUGGUUGGCUAGACGCUAUGCACACUGGAGGCGCCGAAAGUCAUUGGAGGGAUGAAAUGAUGUGGUGUGUUACGGAGUUGACACUGUUGUUGCCGCCACCCAGGUAUGGAGGAGUAAGGAACAGAGGGGGAAACGAGAGGAGGGGGAGGAGGAAAUGUUGUUACCCCAGCCACUUAAAAACUUGGUGCGAAGUACCUACUCAUCGGGAGUUAGUCUGUGAAUGGUGCAGGCAGAGAUCCAAGAAAGUUGAACUGAAGUGACGAGUGCCACCUGGAGCUGAAGUUGGCGGGGGGGGGGGGGGGGAGUACUUCUGCAGAUCACAGACAAAGUGGCUGUAGGCUGGCAGCAAGCAUGAGAUGUGUAUCGGGAGGGUGAAAAGUGGGAUACAGGGGUAAGAGCUAGAGAGAGAGAGGGAGAGAGAGAGAGAGAGACAGACAGACAGACAGACAGACAGACAGACAGACAGACAGACAGACUUGUCAUUGCGCUCAAGAGUGGGUGUUUCUUUUGUGUGUGUAUAUGGUUCUCCGUCUGGACGAGGGAGUUGUUUGAAAAAGACAACAGGAAGAGGGGAGGAGGAGCAGAGGGAGGCAGUCUUCCGGUAGCUUGCGUAUGAAAACCCGGAGUGUUUGAAAAAGACAACAGGAAGAGGGGAGGAGGAGCAGAGGGAGGCAGACUGCCGGGAGCUUGCGCAUGAAAACCCGGAGAUUCAGAGACCCUGCACUUCUAAAUUGUAAUGUUGCCCAUCUUUCAUUUCGGCCCCCAAACUGGAUAGGAUUUCCACAACUUUACUGUUCAUUUGGGGUGUGGACACGUCAGUGGUUGUCCGCGACUUCUUUGUGAACGACUUCCAAACUACCCAGGCAUUGUGGUAUAUAUAUAUAAGCUCAAAAGUGCACGAGAGGAGUUCCAUAUGCUACCGAGAGGAUUUCCACACAAGUUUGCUGCUCUUGUGGGGUGUGAGAGCGAUCAGUUUAUCAUCCACUUCUUUAAGACAACCAGACUAUGCAGGCAUCAUCGUGGUACAUAAGCUGGAAUCUCAGGGGAUCAUUUCCCAGUCGCUGCUAGCUCACAUGUGCGAUUGACCAAAGGGAGUGGUAGCUCACCUUUGUCUGCUGCUUUUGAACUUGAUUCCGACUUUCGACACAGCUCUUUUGGAGUUUUUUUAGGUGAGGUGAUCUGGAAAGUAUGUUUUUUUAACUUUUUUUAAAAUCAAACACAAAUAUCUGACUAUUUCACAGGAUUCUCCAAUACUUGUGACUAGAUGGCACGCAUGAUGGAAUCGGUGAGCAGUCAUUCCUCUUCAUCUCUUGCUUCCUACUUCUGACUUGACAGGUAUUUUGCAGUUUUUUCGGGCGGUUUGAAAAGGGUGGUGUGAACCAGGUGUAUAUAUUUAUGUAUUUGACAGCAUUGACCACCUUAGGGCAUACUCACACUACGACUGGUUUAAGUAUUUCUCGAUGGAAUUGAGGCCAGAUACAUGCGUGUAUUGCCGUGAAUGCGGUCAGAUACAUGAGAUACUGCUAGUGUGAGUACACCCUUAGAUUUGAUGCCGAACGUCGUUUCUCCACACGGAGUAGUUUGUGAGUGGGUAUAGUGACUCGAGUGUUAUUCGGACUCCAUGGCACUCUGUGAUGGGUUUUUGCUUCUCUGAAUCCUGUGAGCAAGUUGAACUGCACCGUUGAUUUCCUUGGCCUCGAUACGAGCAGCAAAGACGAGAGGGAGAAACCGAUGGUCGUGCUGAGCUUAUCGUGUCUGCUGUUGUUGACCCUCUGCAUCAUCUCACUCAGGGCAUACUCACUCUAGGACUUGUGCUACUAAGCUCUGGUGGACGUGAUUGCGAUCAGAUUCACCCAAGAUUGGCCCUAAUUGCAGUCAGCUACAUUUAGAAAAGUGUGAGUGUGAGUAUGCGUUGAGUCAUCUGUUUGCUGUUUUUCGCAGCCAUGCGAGCAGACAGAUGUUUUCACCUCAGCUUCUCAGUCUUUCUGGAUCGUAUUUGGCAGUUGUCUAUCUUCCUACUGAAUGUUGACAGCCUACCUCCUAGCAAGCAUUGAGAACAUCCUGCCACUGUGUCUUGUGCUCACGAGAAUGGAAGGGAUAACAAGUGCCCUUUCUCUCUUUCACACACACUCUCCACCACUUUUCCCAGGGCGAAAUGCAACCUGGGCAGAGUGUCUAGGUCCAACCUGCUGACGAGUAGGUGAAAAUCCGACGAAACAGUCUGUCCGUGCUUCUUUCUGUAGAGUUGUAUACAGAGUAUAUGACACACAAACACACUCACGCGGUAUGGUCCGUACAAGUCUCUGUUUCCAUACGUACUUCCGAUGACUGUCUCCUGUGUACUCGUCCACACCACGUACUUAUGGCAUGCAUGUUCUCUUUGUAAGGAGGUGCUGGAAUUGCAGUGUGUACAAAAACAGUCUGCGCUUUUCCUGUGGAGUUGCAUACAGUGACCAUGAAUCACAGAAACACACACGCACGCACACACACGCACACACACACACACACACACACACACACACAGACACACACACACACACACACACACACACACACACACACACACAUUCACAACGCACACGCACACACACUCGGCUAGGAUCGGGCCCGUACUAGCGAGCUAUUCUCUCUUUUGUGGUUGGAUAUGUCUUGUUGGUUUUGUUGAUUAUACACAGCCUACUUCUUUGCCCUGCUUUAGAGCAUGGGCUGUUUGGAUGUUUACGGGUGGCCACGAGGUCUCUAUGGGGGGAAUGUCUUUUUUGUGGGCCGGCGUGGAAGGCUUUCCCAGUUUUCUCGGACCCUUCGCAGGGGGGUUCGGUGCGUUCUUCCUGGAGGAGUCUUCUGUUGCAGGCAGGUAAGUUGCCUCUUAUCUUCUUCCUCCUCUUUGGCAGUGAAGACGCGA